AUGGCGCACCUCGCGGCGGCGUCCGCGCGUGCGGGAUGGACGACGCAUCGCGCGCGGCGGCCCGGCGGCGUCGCGAUCGCGCGCGUCCGCGGCGUCCCCGCCCCCGCGUCGCGGCGGACGGCGCGGCAGAUCCCGCCGCGCGCGCGGGGCGGGCGCGACGAGCGUGGGGCGCGGGUCCGGCCCCGCGCGCGCGCGACGUCGCGCGUCUCGUCCUCACGCGACGUUUGCGGCGACGCGGAGGACGUCGUCGCGAAGACGAAGACGAAGACGAUCGCGGCGGAGGACGCGCGGCGAAAGGUGCGGCACGCGUCGACGGUCACCGGGGCGUACAUCGCGGCCGUCGGCGCGUGCCUUCUCGUCGCGCCGGUGCGAAGCUUCUCCGUGCUGUUCGACGCCUCGUCGAUCGCGACGCACUGGAUUCGCGUCUUCGGCGUGCUGUGCGUGACGUUCGGAGUGUACUAUCUCGACACCGCGAGGGGGGACGGCGGCGGCGGCGGCGGCGGCGGCGGCGGCGGCGCGGCGAUGUCAUUUUAUCGAGCCACCGUGCGCGGCAGGGCGUUCGUCGCGCUCGCGCUCGCGUCGAUCGCGAUGACGACGCCGUCCGCGCGAGUUGGGCUCUCACUGUUAGCGUUCGUGAACGCGGUGAGCGCGGGGGUGAUGCAGCGCGCGCUGCGCGUCGCGGACGCGGCGGCGGCGGCGGCGGGCGAAGGGAACGGUCUGGAUCCAACGCCGCGUCCCACUCCGGCGCGAGCGGCGGGAAGACGUGGAGCGCGGGCGCGGGCGCGGGCGCGGGCGGAGAACGCGGAGACGGGAGGGAAGGAGAAGCAGAAGCUCGGGUUUCUUCAGAAGUACUACCACAAGGGGGCGUUUUUCCAGGAAGCCGCGGACGAUCCGGCGAGCUCGAUGGGGACGGACGACAUCUACAAGCGCGACUUCAACCAGGCCACGGGCGCGGACAAGGUGGACAAGAGCGCGCUGCCGAAGGCGAUGCAGGUCAGGGGCGACGCGUUCGGGAAGAUUGGACGGACGAAGUGGACGCACCUCAGCGCGGAGGACACGACGUUCGCGGGCGGGGACAACGUGUGGGCGGACGCGCGGAACAAGAGGGUGGGCGAACUGGCGGAGAAGGGCGCGGGGCGGAAGCAGGAGUUUCAAAAGCCGAAACGGAUCGACAAGUAG